AUGCCGCCUCUGCAGCGAGCCAAUUCAUGCACAGACAUUGGGUUCACUCUCCGACGACGAUUUGGCAAAACCGAAUUCAGACCAUGUCAACGUGAAAUCAUCGAAGCCGCUCUCAGUGGACAUGAUGUUUAUGUUCAGGCUGCCACCUCCUUCGGGAAGAGCCUGUGUUUUCAACUUCCGGCCGUGAUAGAUCAGGGAAUAACUCUGGUUGUCUCUCCUUUGCUGAGUCUCAUGAUAAAUCAGGUCGAGGCUCUGAGGGCAUCUGGCAUUGAUGCCAGCUCGCUGAAUAGCAACACGCCGUAUCCAGAGAGGGAUCGCAUACAGCGAGAUCUAGAGACGGGCCACCCAAAAACGCGUCUGUUGUAUGUCACUCCGGAGCUCUGUUGCAGUUCUAGGUUCCGGGAGCGACUGCAAUUAGUCCACGAGCAAAAGGAGCUGGCUAGGAUUGCCGUUGACGAAGCACAUUGCAUUUCUGAGUGGGGUCAUGACUUUCGCAAGGACUUUAAGCGCCUUUCUUGGCUCCGGGAGACAUUCCCCGAUGUGCCCAUCACGUGUCUUACGGCCACCGCAAAUCCUCGGGUGAGAGAGGAUGUGCUUCACACUCUCAAGCUGGACGAGACCCCAGACCGGAUUAGAACAUUUCUCAUGAGUCCGCGACGGCACAACCUUCACAUAGAGGUUCGAUACACGAAAGACCAAGAAGACAAUCGGCUUGUAGAUUUCUUGAAGUGGAUUCGAGCCGUCUAUGAGCGCCGUCGCAGUGAGUCGAGGAGGAAAGAACUGCAAGAGUCGGGCGAGCGCCCAGAAGGCGUCCCGGGUAUCAUUUACACCAUAUCACGGGACGAAUGUGAGUCUCUGGCGGCACUGUUACGCGAAGAGGGGGUUGGAGCCCGCCCGUUCCACGCAAAACUCCCCAAGGACGCCAAGGAAGACACUCUGAGUCGCUGGAUCAAUAACGAGCCUGGCUACGAUAUUAUCGUGGCCACAACGGCGUUUGGGAUGGGAAUCGACAAGAACAAUGUUCGGUUCGUCGUCCACUGGCGGAUCCCAAAGUCUUUUGAGGGGUACUACCAAGAAGCUGGCCGCGCAGGGCGCGAUGGCAAUGCCAGCUACUGCUUUUUAUACUAUAGCCGCGAAGAUUUGGAACGGGUCAUGCGAAUGAUCCGCAGCGAUUCAAAGCAAGGUUCGAAUCAAGAGGCUAGGCUGCAUAGCCUUCAAGCCUUGGCUACCUAUUGCGAAAACACAGGUUCUUGCCGUCACGCACAGAUUUGCGAAUAUUUUGGCGACACAUCUGCGCCGGAGUGCGAUUUUGCCUGCGACUGGCAUAAAGAUGCUCUUGACUUGGAAGCGAGGUUCCUGAAUGGUCUGGCGAGCCCGGACUGGGUGAGCACGCAGGCGGAACACCUUGGCACAUAUGAUGAUCACGAUGACUUUGGAGAUGACUGA